GCCUGCGCAUAAGAGUAGCGGCGUUGAGUCAGGCCGGCGGUGGAGGAAAGUGGUAGAGAGCGUGAAGCCUCGCCAUGAAGACCCGCUUUAGCACCGUUGACCUCCGCGCGGUACUCGCGGAGCUGAAUGCCCGCUUGCUAGGAAUGAGAGUAAACAAUGUUUACGAUGUGGAUAAUAAGACGUAUCUUAUUCGUCUUCAAAAACCAGACUUUAAAGCUACACUUUUACUUGAAUCUGGCAUACGAAUUCACACGACAGAAUUUGAAUGGCCUAAGAAUAUGAUGCCGUCUAGUUUUGCUAUGAAGUGCCGAAAACAUUUGAGGAGUCGGAGAUUAGUCAGUGCAAAACAGCUUGGUGUGGAUAGAAUUGUAGAUUUUCAAUUUGGAAGUGAUGAAGCUGCUUAUCACUUAAUCAUUGAGCUCUAUGACAGGGGGAACAUUGUUCUUACAGAUUAUGAGUACCUAAUUUUAAAUAUCCUAAGAUUUCGAACUGAUGAGUCAGAUGAUGUUAAAUUUGCUGUUCGUGAACACUAUCCAGUUGAUCAUGCUAGAGCUGCUGAACCUUUGCUUACCUUGGAAAGAUUGACUGAAAUAAUAGCCAGUGCACCUAAGGGUGAACUACUGAAGAGAGUUCUUAACCCAUUACUUCCCUGUGGACCAGCUCUCAUUGAACACUGUCUUAUAGAAAAUGGAUUCUCUGGCAGUGUCAAAGUGGAUGAAAAAUUUGAAAGUAAAGAUAUUGAAAAAGUACUUGUUUGUCUUCAGAAAGCAGAAGAGUAUAUGAAAACAACAUCCAACUUCAGUGGAAAGGGGUAUAUCAUUCAGAAAAGAGAAAUAAAACCAAGCCUGGAAGUAGAUAAACCAACCGAAGACAUACUCACGUAUGAGGAAUUUCAUCCUUUCUUGUUUUCUCAACAUUCACAAUGUCCAUAUAUAGAAUUUGAAUCAUUUGACAAGGCCGUAGAUGAAUUUUAUUCCAAGAUAGAAGGUCAGAAAAUAGAUUUAAAAGCUUUACAACAGGAAAAACAAGCAUUGAAGAAAUUAGACAAUGUCCGAAAGGAUCACGAAAACAGAUUAGAAGCUCUUCAGCAGGCUCAGGAAAUAGACAAACUUAAAGGAGAGCUUAUAGAAAUGAACCUACAAAUAGUUGACAGAGCCAUUCAGGUUGUUCGAAGUGCUUUAGCCAACCAGAUAGACUGGACAGAAAUCGGGUUAAUUGUGAAAGAAGCCCAAGCUCAAGGAGACCCUGUUGCAAAUGCAAUCAAAGAACUAAAACUACAAACAAAUCAUGUUACAAUGCUACUAAGAAAUCCAUACUUGUUAUCAGAGGAGGAAGAUGAUGAUGUUGAUGGUGACAUCAGUACUGAGAAAAAUGAAACCGAACCACCAAAAGGAAAAAAGAAAAAGCAAAAGAAUAAACAACUGCAAAAGCCUCAGAAAAAUAGGCCAUUGCUUAUUGAUGUUGAUCUCAGCUUGUCAGCAUAUGCCAAUGCCAAAAAGUAUUAUGAUCACAAGAGAUAUGCUGCUAAGAAAACACAGAAGACUGUUGAAGCUGCUGAGAAGGCAUUCAAAUCAGCAGAAAAGAAAACAAAGCAAACCUUAAAAGAAGUCCAGACAGUUACCUCUAUUCAGAAAGCAAGAAAAGUGUAUUGGUUUGAGAAAUUCCUCUGGUUCAUUAGCUCAGAGAACUAUCUAAUUAUUGGUGGACGAGAUCAGCAACAGAAUGAAAUAAUUGUGAAAAGAUACUUGACACCAGGGGACAUUUAUGUACAUGCUGACCUUCAUGGAGCAACUAGCUGUGUAAUUAAGAAUCCAACAGGAGAACCAAUUCCCCCUCGGACCUUGACUGAAGCUGGCACAAUGGCACUUUGCUACAGUGCUGCUUGGGAUGCACGAGUCAUCACUAGUGCGUGGUGGGUGUACCAUCAUCAGGUGUCUAAAACAGCACCAACUGGAGAAUAUUUGACAACAGGAAGCUUCAUGAUAAGAGGAAAAAAGAAUUUCCUUCCUCCCUCACAUCUAAUGAUGGGAUUUAGCUUCCUCUUUAAGGUAGAUGAGUCUUGUAUUUGGAGACAUCGGGGUGAACGAAAAGUCAGAGUGCAGGAUGAAGACAUGGAGACACUGGCGAUUUGCACAAGUGAACUCAUAUCAGAAGAAAUGGAACAACUAGAUGGAGGUGACAGUAGCAGUGAAGAAGAUAAAGAGGAAUUACAUGAAACUCCUGCGGAAGUGGAACUUGUGACUCAGGUUGACCAAGGGGAUAUUACUAUUCAGAGUGGUGGUGAUGAGCUAAAUGAACUAAUUCAGGAAGAAAGCUCUGAAGAUGAAGGAGAAUCUGAGGAGGUGGUAAAACAUCAGGAACCUGUUGGUGAAAUGAAGGAUGAAGGGGAAGAGACAUUACAUUAUCCUGAUACUUCCAUUGACUUGUCCCACCUUCAAUCCCAAAGGUCUCUCCAGAAACUGGCUUCAAAAGAGGAAUCUUCUAAUAUGAGCGACAGUAAAUUGCAGAGCCGGAGGCAUUUGUCAGCCAAGGAAAGAAGGGAAAUGAAGAAAAAAAAGCUUCCAAGUGACUCAGGGGAUUUAGAAAUGAUAGAAGGAAAGGACAAAGAAAAAGAAAAUGUUCUACACAUUGAAACUCAUCAGAACACCAGCAAAAAUGUCCCGGCUGUGCAGCCAAUGAAACGAGGACAAAAGAGUAAAAUGAAAAAAAUGAAGGAAAAGUACAAGGACCAAGAUGAAGAAGAACGUGAGCUCAUCAUGAAAUUGCUAGGGUCUGCAGGUUCAAACAAAGAAGAAAAAGGGAAGAAGGGGAAGAAAGGUAAAAUAAAGGAUGAACCAGUGAAGAAACAGCCCCAGAAACCUAAAGGCGGACCAAGAGUUUCAGACAGCAUAAAGAAAGAAACUCCAUCCCUUGAAGUUACAACUCAUGAGUUACAAGACUUGGCUGUAGAUGAUCCACAUGAUGACAAGGAAGAGCAAGAUCUGGACCAACAGGGAAAUGAGGAAAAUCUGUUUGACUCUUUGACGGGGCAGCCACAUCCUGAAGAUGUACUCCUGUUUGCCAUUCCAAUAUGUGCCCCAUACAACACCAUGACAAACUAUAAAUACAAAGUGAAACUUACUCCUGGAAUUCAGAAAAAGGGAAAAGCUGCAAAAACAGCCUUGAAUAGUUUCAUGCAUUCCAAGGAAGCAACAGCAAGAGAAAAAGACUUAUUCCGCAGUGUAAAGGACACGGAUUUAUCAAGAAACAUUCCUGGCAAAGUGAAAGUGUCUGCACCCAAUCUUCUGAAUGUAAAAAGAAAAUAGCUGAAAUGAAAUCCUAAAAUAUUUGAGAAGAGUCAAUUUUAUAUAGCCUUUUGGAAGUUCAGAGAUGAAAACAUCAUGUAACAAGACUUCCGCAUUUAAAAAUGAACUAAACGUUGCCUUGUAUUCGCCAAAAGGACUUAUUGUUGUUGUUUUUUUUCCAGUUUUAUAGAGAGGAAACAGUGUCUAUGAUAGGAUUUCCUAAAAUACCUGUGGACAGCUAAAUGCUAAUUAAUUGUAUACAUCUGUAGUUAUCCUCCUACAUUUUCUUGAAAUUUGGGAGGUUAAUAUUAAGUAUUCAUUUCAUGCUGUAAAGAAAUGGACUGGUGAAGUGGCUCCACUGCUUAGACUGUUGACUUGGUAGUUGUUUACUGUAUAUGACGUGUAUCUAUUACAGGCCAAUCACAAGUUUUUUUCCUGGUGGUGGUGGGGAUUGGGGGUGGUUAAACACUUAGGAUUAAGUCUUGAAAACCCUAAGCAGUGAAAGAGUAGACUUUCUUCUGCCUUUACCCAUAUUAGACCAGAUUUUAAAUACAAAUCAAUCAUUUCCAUGACUCAGCUUAAGAGAUAACACCUAGAAGAAAUUGGUGUUGAUAAUUUCCAUGCAUUUAUACACCUUUACUUUUCAUCUUAAUUUCUUCCUUGUAAUCUCAUUCAGCUCUGUACCAAUUUAUUUUCCACUUCUAGUAAUUAUCAGUAGCAUGUUACAGAGUAUCUUAACCUAUAAUAUCAUAAGUGCACUUUUAGGCUUACCACUAAAGACUCCUGACCCAGCUUUCUUCUUCUGUCUGUCUCCUAACAGAAUGGAGAAUAAAGUCAUACAUUAUUUCCAUUCAUUAUGAGCUACAAAACUGUUACUUUUAAAAUAAUUAAUUAGAUGAUAACAGCUGCCUAGAGUCAACAAGAGCACUUGCCCCAGCCCCUAUGCCGAAGCAUUAAGGUCAAAAAGUACUAAACAGCUGUUGGUCCUUCCAAGGUUUCUUUUACCUGCUUAACCUUAUCGAGAAUAUUUUUCCUUUUGAAGUUACUGUUAAAAACAAAAACCUUUAUGUAGCCUAGUGUUGUAAAUACAACAUAAUAGACUACUGUGCCAUUAAAAAAACAUCUGAAA